AUGCCACCUCAAAUCAAGCAAGACCUGAACCGCUCAGGGUGGGAAUCGACCGACUUCCCCUCCGUUUGCGAGAACUGCUUGCCCGAGAAUCCUUACGUCAAGAUGCUCAAGGAAGAUUACGGUGCCGAGUGCAAACUGUGUACGAGACCUUUCACUGUCUUCAGUUGGAGUGCUGAUCGAGCCCACGGUCGGAAGAAGCGAACAAACAUCUGUUUGACCUGCGCGCGUCUGAAGAACUGCUGUCAGGCGUGUAUGCUGGAUCUCUCAUUUGGCUUGCCUAUCGUCGUUCGCGAUGCUGCCUUGAAGAUGGUAGCCCCCGGACCGUCGUCCGACAUUAACCGUGAAUACUUUGCGCAAAACAACGAGCGCGCCAUUGAGGAAGGUCGUGCAGGAGUCGAAGAGUAUGAGAAGUCGGAUGAGAAGGCCAGAGAGCUCUUGCGGAGAUUAGCGGCAAGCAAGCCCUACUUUCGAAAGGGCCGGCCCGUUGAAGGCCUCGACGAGGCUCAAGCAGGCUCAAGCUCAAGUGGUGGACUCGGUGGUAACCCGGCCGUGGGUGCGGGUGUUGGCGGACCAGGUCCCAUCCGGACGAGAGAUUCAAGGGCCGCAGCAGCAGCUGGAGCUAGGCCUGGCCGGUCGAAGCAAGCUUUCCCUAGUGCUGCUCAGCUGCCCCCUGGGCCCCAAGACUGGAUGCCACCUGCCGACAACAAUAUCAUGUCCCUUUUUGUCACUGGUAUCGAAGACGACCUGCCUGAGCACAAAAUUCGCGAGUUCUUCAAGGCGCAUGGUAAGAUCAAGAGCUUGGUUUGCUCGCAUAUGUCGCAUUGUGCAUUUGUCAACUACGAGACGAGGGACGCGGCUGAGAAGGCCGCCGCCGCGUGUCGAGGUCGAGCUGUGAUUGCAGGAUGCCCUCUGCGUGUUCGCUGGGGCGUUCCCAAGGCCAUCGGCACCAUGGACAAGGAGCAACGGUCACAGAUGCUCAUGGAUGCACGACGAGGACAGGGAAGCGCGCGGGGGGGGGAUGGAAAGAGUGGACGAAGGCAGAUACCCGCUAGCUCUGAUACUGGAGAGGAUGUUCGACCAUCGAAUGUCCAAGCGGUUGCUCCUCCUCCAGGCGCAGACGAUGGUCCGAAGUAUGCUAGUCUCCAGGGCGAGUGA